UGUUUUCUCCAACAACUUUGACAACUGUCAACGAAUUUGCGUGGAGAUGGUGGAUUCUGAAGGAUUUUGUAAUGUUUUGCCCAAACACGAGGCCCUGGAUUGGGAGGUCCAUUAAGAGACGCCGACCACAACCAGAUCUUUGUUCUGCCAUUUGGGUCCAGAACGGUCUCGCCUCCCAACAUGGCCAGAAAUCGUCUCAACAAAGAAUGGAAAGAAGUACAAAGGAACCCUGACCCCGACAUCCUGCUGGAAUUGGAUGGUGACAGCUUUGAACAGUGGCGCGCCGUCAUCAAUGGUCCCCAGGAGUCGCCCUAUGAGGGAGGUCGCUUUCAGCUGAAGAUCCUCUGUUCAGCCAGUUAUCCCUACGCUGCGCCACAGGUGAGUUUUGAAACCAAAGUGUUUCAUCCCAACGUGAACUUCAACACCGGCGAGCUAUGUGUGGACAUCUUGAAAACCGACUGGAGCCCUGCUUGGACUCUCCAGUAUGUGUGCAGAGCAGUGGUGUCGUUGUUGCGUGAUCCGAACGCUGACAGCCCGUUGAACUGCGAUGCCGGAAAUCUUUUAAGAAGUGGCGAUUUGCGCGGGUUCAACUCCAUGGCUCGUAUGUACACCAUCGAGCACGCGAUGUCAUGAGUCGUUUCACAUUUUCAGCGGCGAACAUUGUGUCGCUGCGCCAAAGACUGCGCGAAGCUGUGGCUGUCGUGCUGAAAA